AUGAGUAGCAGCGAGCACAGUAGCGAUGAGCACAAUCUUCUAACGGCUUCUGGCCAGACUCGAACCGUCUUCCUGUGUGGAUUUGUUGAAAAACGUUGGCACAACAGUUCGUUGCAUCAAAUAGCCCAGGAUUUAUUUCCCGAAUACUUCAUUUGCUGCAAUGCAAAAACAUGGCAGCGCCAUUCGAAUACCAGGGAAUUGUUGCUCAGUUCGGAGGCUUUCAUUUUCUUCGUGAAUGAAUUUACACUGGCCGAGUCGACAUGCUUGUUGGCGCUACAAAAUGCUUGGCAUCUGAUGAUCCCAAUAAUAAUGCUACGCCCCCCACGAACAAAAUUGGUGAUAUGCGCACGUGAUGCGAGGCGAAAGGAUAUGAUGUACUCAAAUCAAGGAGCGACUCGAGAAAAUUAUUCCAUCGGCCCGUACCGUGCCAAGAAAGGCUCCUACACCCUACCGCCGGGGAUCCAGGACCACUAUGAGGACGACACCGACUUGGGAUAU